UGAUGAUCUUCCCAGCCGUGAAAGUCAAAAUUCCUGCUUGAAACCAAACACUCCUGGAGACAUACGUAGGCAUGGGGGGGAAGGGGAGGGAAGGAAAGGAAGAUUUAUUGCUAAAGUAAAACUCAAAUUCUGCCGAGAAAAAGGUCCAUUCAAUCCGUGUCAGAACAGAUAUGGAAGAGCUGAAAUGGGAUUUGCCAUAUUUCCCCUCUCCUUUUCCCCACAUCAAAAAAAAUACAACGAAGGUGGUCAGGGGUUUUAGAAGGGAAGGAGGGGAAAGCCACUGAAGUCCCUUGGAUCUUAUGAAGCCCUGAGAUCGUAUAUUCCAUUUAUAGCCCGAGCUGGAAUGACAUCCCCCUUGAUUAGCCAACUGUCCAAUCCAGCUGCAUGCGUCGGGAUUGUACGAGGCACUAAGUGAAAUAUAUAUAUGCCCUUAUAGAGCCUAAGACACUGGGUCCACCUCCAAGGCACAGGCUGUAGAUCAUUCUGACCACCGCUCCUCUCCCAGGAAUCAUUUUUAAGGGUUUUCUAAGGUUUUUUUCCCCCCUUUUCCUUGGAGCACCUUUGCUUUCAAACCCCAACGCAACAAAAUGGCACCAAAGAAGGACGUAAAGAAGCCAGCAGCAGCACCCGCUCCGGCGCCUGCCCCCGCGCCAGCACCCGCGCCAGCCAAGCCCAAAGAACCAGCAAUUGAUCUCAAGAGCAUCAAGAUCGAGUUCUCCAAGGAGCAACAGGAUGACUUCAAGGAGGCCUUCCUGCUCUUCGACCGGACCGGCGACGCCAAGAUCACCCUGAGCCAGGUCGGCGACAUCGUCCGCGCGCUGGGGCAGAACCCGACCAACGCCGAGGUCAACAAGAUCCUGGGCAACCCCAGCAAAGAGGAGAUGAAUGCCAAGAAAAUUACUUUUGAGGAGUUCCUGCCCAUGCUGCAAGCAGCUGCUAACAACAAGGACCAGGGCACCUAUGAGGACUUCGUUGAAGGUCUGCGUGUAUUUGACAAGGAGGGCAAUGGCACAGUCAUGGGGGCUGAACUCCGCCACGUCCUGGCUACGCUGGGUGAAAAGAUGACAGAGGAGGAAGUAGAUGAAUUGAUGAAAGGUCAGGAAGACUCCAACGGCUGCAUCAACUAUGAGGCAUUUGUAAAGCACAUCUUAUCCGUCUAAGUGGAAUUCCCCAGACACCAGAAGGAUCUGAACUCAAGAAGACCAGAUGGCACCAGAGAUUUGUCCCAGUGAAAUUCCUGUUACAUCAGUCACUGUCAACAGAUGCCACAGGACUGGAUGAUUUGUCUCCAAAAUAUCUACUUUUUACCAGUGCAUCCCUAUGUAUCACCCUGUGGGUCACUGUACUUCCAAGAAAAUUUCAGCUUUGGAAAAUGAACUUUCACUAAGGCAAGCUAGAUGGAACAAAGUGGAUCCACCAUCUAUCCCUCCCCAAACAUCUUUUUUCCA